CCACCCCGACCACCCUCACAUGCUACACCCCGGCGCGGCGACACCCUCCAUGCACGGCAUGGGUGUACCCCCCCACCUCCCCACCGUCCUCCCCCCUCACAUGACAGACUUGAGACCCCCUGAUUCGGCGGUGGCGGCGGCGGCCAUGUUGAACGCUCCCUCAGCUCCCAGCAGACACUGCUCCAACUGCCAGCUGGACCCGAACCCCGGAGGCCCGUGUGUGCCGGGGUGGGGAGUGGAGGGUGUCCCCGGCUCUAUCAAGACGGCCGACGGACUGAUGGUGCCCUACCCUGUACAGGAGGAGAGCUUGGAGGAUUUGAACAGCCGUAAGAAAGAGAUCAUCUGCCACAUGCAAGAGGAGCCCAUGUUCAUGGGAUACACGGGCGUGGCCUACCGGGCCGACGGUUUCCGCGGGGGUCUGGACGGCCUCAAGACGGUGCUAGGCAACAACAAGAGGAUGAGGGAGGCCAUGCCGAAGCUGGUGUCGGACAUGUUUGUGGCCACGCGAUCCACGCAGUCGCUGGACGAGCUCUGCUGGGGGUCGUAAGCUGUACAGCUCCCUCGAGGCCUCGUCAGACCAGCUGUACCGACCCCACUUCUCGCACGACGCCUUCACUGAAUCUGAGUUUAGCCAAUUCCCCGGCGAUGACGGAGACGAGAACUUCAUCCCAUUGGAGCACACGUCUGUGUCCAAGUUUGGCCCCAUUUCCCGCAUGGCCAAAGCCAAGACGGACAACGUGGCGCCCGUGCAAGUCACGGCAGACUCCUGCAAAAAGAUGACCCCAGUGUUGGCCGUGACCCCCCUGGAGCGACCUCUGUCCUCGUCCACGCAGCGGCCCAGUCGGUUCAACCGGCUCAACGUGCUGGACGCUGAGCCCUCGGUGAAACCGACGCCGUCGGAAAAACCAUCUAUCUGGCAACAAAGCCCGUGCCCGUCCUAUCAGAACAUCGCGAUGCUCAAGGCCGGCGCCGCUGAGGCUGUGACCAACAACGAGAGGCUGGCUUAUGAGCUGCAGGCUGUGGAGCUGGAGAUUUCUAUGAAAACUGGCAAGAUGCCGGAGCCUGUUGGGAAGAUAAUCCAGGAGUCUGUGAUGUAUUCCCCGUCGAGGUCGAGCCCGGACUAUCCAAGGUCGUCAUCCACCGCGCUGAUGGCUCCGCUGGCCUAUGACAGGGGUCAGAACGUGAACUCGCUGAUGGGACGUGGUCAUGUGACUGAGUGCUUUUCGCUGAUGAGCAGCGCUGAGAGUCUGGUGUCGCCUCAGAAGGCCGCAGAGAGCGUGUUGGAAGACUUCUACAGGUCACGACACAACGUGCAGAAAUGACACAUGGUGUAGUCCGGGGCUGUGGGAAACAGAACGCGUGUUGUUGUGACAGUGUAACACAGAACACGUGUUGUUGUGACCGUUAAACUCAGAACACGUGUUGUUGUUGUUUGUGACCGUGUAAGACAGAACACGUGUUGUUGUUAUGGAGCUAAUUUGCUGCUGUGUUGUCAUGGAUGUGACAACAGUUCCCUGUGUGGGUGGGCCAGAGGAUUCUCAAAGCCACAACAGUUUGGUUUUAUGAUGAAAGGGAAAGCUCGUUUGAUCAAAUUGAUUUGUCCAGUAUUUCUACGUGUGUGGAGAAUAUAUAUAUAUAUGUGACAAUUUUAUACCUCUGCGUUUUAAGCAUCCGUGUAUCUUCUCUCUAUCUUGUGACUGUGGACGAGUGGCAUGACAUGAAUUCUUUCCAUGUUGGAGAGAAGUAAGUGACUACGUUUUAAGUUGUCAUUUUGUUACAUUUUAGAAACUGUUUAGCUCUUACAUAAUAAGAGACUUGUAUUUGUCCCUUUUUGAAAACAUGUUUUUUAAAUGUCAUUAACAUUCAAGUGGUGUGUGAGUUAAAGAUGCCCCAAGGAACACGCUUAAAGCUAGUGGUGGUGGUGGCCGGUCCUAGCAGCUUGAGACAUUUACUGGUGGAGGGAUCGGUACAGCAGUGGAUCAACUCAAAGAAUAGGAUCUGUCUAUGACGAGGGCAGAUGACCAAUCUGGCAUGUCCGACGGUCGUGAGACACGCGGUUCUGCACAGCGAUGUGUAGACCUUGUUUUUAUUCAGAAAGAGCAGAGGAUGUGCGCUAAAUUUUGUGAAACGAUUGAAGUUGAGAAAGAAAUAGA